AGUUAAAGGAGACGAUGGCAUUCUAACAUCUCAACAGGAUCAAUCAACUCAAUAUUUGUAUUAUAUCCCACAAUGAAAAGACCACCAUGAUCGUGAACUGUCUGAACAACUGAUGGACAAUGUAGUUGAAGCACUUUUCCCUACUUUCGCCUCCCUUCUCACUGUAUACCUGAAACUUGACGCAGGAAUCAUCCUCGAGUCGGACGCUGAAACUUUCUUUUUAUGGCUCAAGAUCCUCCCUGCUCUGGCUACAGCCUUUGUCAUAGGAUUUAUCCUGUUGAUUGCGUUUCCGUUCGGGCACAAGAGUUGUGGUCGUCCUCGACAAUCCUACAACGCGAAGACGCAAAACGAAUUCACAGCUGAUAAUGGCGUAGAGUUAGACGGACCUAAUGGCGAAGGAGUAGAAUCUGAUCCCGCAAUUAUUGAGCUACCACAGAUGCAUAAUGAAGUUCAUUGUCAACCACCUGAGAAUCACGCGAUCAGCGAUAAUCACUGGAACAACCAGAAUCACGUAAACAACCACGAUAAACUUGAUGAUGAAGAGAUAGAAACUAAUUACAAGAUCAACAAAAGAUUGGCUAACGGUUUUGUCAUGGUCAACCCUGAAUUUGACGACAGACAUCACGUGGAAUAUCGGUCAAGUUCGGAACGAUCAUCGAAUCUACAAACGGACGAUGACGGCGUAACAAUGACCAUUUCAGCUGAAACUGCGAAUGUUAACAAUAACUACAAACCUAUAAUCACUGAGUCUGAAGGGCGGCAGUUAUAUGAAUCUCUAGCUCUGAACCCAUUGAAUGAAUCUCUGAACCAUCCCCCCUCAGAGAAUGAAUCCCUGAACCCAUUUCCAGCCUACUACGAUGAGGUGCCUCAGGAAAGUAUCCCUCUCGAGAGUAUCCCACCACCUAAACCUCUCCGGGCUGCCAAUAGCAUGAAAGCACUCCCUCGGCCUCCUUCUGAUUCACCCGCUAAAAACCCUUGGUACAUCAAACCAGAAAGGGGACAUCAAACUUUAAAACCGCGACCAAAACCACCACCGCGACCACCAAGCAAUCAAUUUGAAGACGAGCUGAAGCUAGCACUCCGCAGGGUGAGGACUAACUCGUCUAUUUCCACUAAUUACAGGGUUCCUAAAGCUGAUCUUAACGGCCCUAGCCCAGGAACUAGCUCGUUAAACUUUGAUAACGAGCUGAAAAAAGCGCUGACAAUUAGACGAAGUUUGGUCAGCUCCAACAGACCUCAAGAAGUUUCUCAAGUAGAUCUGCAACUCAGAAAAACAAAGGAAUCAGUAUCUGUAGCAAGUACUAGUGACGAUGGUACCGUAACGGACAGUGGGGAUGACCAAUAUUCUAAAGGUAGCAACUCGGUGGUCUCUCAACCAAUUCCUCGUCGGUCAAAACCACGUCGGCCUUUGCUGGAAUCCGACUCGAGACCUCUCAGUGAAACUGACGUUAAAGUGAUCGCGCAGUUCUCUGAGACCAUGGAGAGGUUGAAGAAAAGGAUGAGCACAGAGGAAGUAGCCAAGUUGAGAUCUUCAAUGUCCUCCAUACAUAAGAUAGUGGGCAACGGGAGCAGCUCCAGUGAUAGCGAACGUGGGAAGAAGAGUAGCAGUGAAGCUGAGACUAAAAUACAAAACACUGGUGAUCUGUCUGGAAUACUGGUUGAAGACACUGAAAAUAAAGUUGGGAUUGGAGAGGUCAAGAUUAACAACGGGAUUGAAGCUGAGACAGAAUUAAUAAACAACGGUGCUGAGAUUGAAGCCGAGGUGGAAGUGGAAAUCAGCGAGAUUGAAGCUGAUGCAAAGACAAAUGACCUCACCGUCAGUGGACCUGAUGUUGGAAUAGUUACCAAAAGUAGCGACUCGUCCGCAGAACCAGUUGGAAAACCAAAUGGAACUCUGGACAUUAUAAUGCACGAUCUUGACGAUGUUAUGGGCGAAAUAACUUCCUAUACUGAUGCUAAAUAGCUUCAUCAAAAUAAUCAUUUAAACAAAAUAAUGUUUAAAUUUCGAAAUUCUUACUCAAUUUGUGUUUAAUGCUACAACCGCUACAGUUUGUUGAAAGUUUUAUGGACAGUUUCUAAUUUUAUGGACGAAUUCAUUAUUUAUAAUUAUAGUUCGUUGGUGUGAAACCACUUGUUUCGCUGAUCGGCCAGCGGCCUUCAAUAGAACAAUGCAAGUGAUACAAUCAGCUAGCUCAAUCUCAUUUAACCUGUUAUAACUGUUGAUUUCCGGACGUAAUAAUUACUGGUCUUUUGUUGUUUGGUCCGAACUGUUUAAUUUAAAACAAAAUAAUUGCCAAAUUCAGAUUUUUGCAUCAGCCAAUUCUGUAUAAAUUUAGAAUUUAUUUAAUUCAAAUGAGCAAAUGGCACCGUUGUAGGUGUUCCUAGACUGUUGUAAAAUCAUUUUUUGGAUGGAAUGAUUUUCAUGAUAUUUUGUAGGAGCAUGUUCAUCAUUCCCACUUUGUGUUCUGAUUUUUUUGGUUAUUGCUCAAGAAUUCUUAAUAAACUUAAAAAUAUGCCUUUUCAUUUCACCUGAAAGUGUUUCUAUAAUUUAUUGAGGCGGUAAAUUAAAAGACAAAAACACGAUUUUUCUUUUUUUAAAUUGAUGGUUCUCCCGGCAAGAAUUUGUUUUUAUUUGGAUUUUGGAGGUUGUAGUUCUACAAGUGCUAAGUAGACGUUGAAAAUGAUUUCCAAAAUUGCAAUUUACUGCAUGGAAAAAUUUAAGGAUAUGGUUUGUUAAUCUUUCUUGCCUCGUGAAAAAUCUGGAUUUUAUUUUGAAGCAAAUUAUACAUAUUUAUAGUAUCAAACAAGAUAGAAACGUUUUUUUCGAAACUGGAAUUAAUUUCUUGUAUUGUUGUUAUUGUAGCAAAACAGAUAAGAAAUCAUUGAUACAUAUCUUCGACAAAAUUCAAUAAAAAUGUUUGCAUUUUUACAUGAUGAUAACAAUUAUCUAUUUGAAUUUAAAAAAUUUGUUCAUCUAUGUGAAGAAGGGGAUCAUAUAAUACAAUAGUCGAAGAAACAUUUGUUUAUUUGAGCUUCCGAUCAGCAAAAAAUACUUCACCCGUGAGUUAUCACUUAUCUUGUAUUCACUUU